AUGUCCGUCGAUAAAGACGGCGACCGUGUUAUUGUUUGUGAUAACGGGACUGGGUGUAUAUUUCCGUCUGUACUUGGUCGUCCAAUCCUCCGUGCCUCUGUUAAAGUUGGCAACGUUGAAGUGAAAGACUUAAUGAUUGGAGAUGAGGCUAGUGAAUUAAGAUCUAUGCUUGAGCUCUCAUACCCAAUGGAAAAUGGCAUUGUUAAAAACUGGGAUGAUAUGACGCAUCUCUACGAUUAUACGUUUGGCCCAUCAAAGCUAAACAUCGACACGAAACAUGCGAAGAUCCUCUUAACGGAACCGCCUUACAAUCCGAAACAGAAUCGAUCGAAAAUGUUAGAAUUAAUGUUUGAGCGCUACGGUUUUAACGCUGUCUACGUUGCAAUUCAAGCAACUUUAACACUUUAUGCUCAAGGUUUGAUGACCGGCGUCGUCGUUGAUUCUGGUGAUGGCGUAACUCAUAUCUGCCCUGUUUUCUCUGGGCACACCCUAACACAUAUAACAAGACGUUUAGACGUUGCCGGCCGUGACAUCACUCGUUAUUUAAUAAAGUUGCUCCUCCUUCGUGGGUAUGCAUUCAAUCAAACGGCUGACUUUGAAACCAUUCGUCAAAUGAAGGAAAAACUUUGCUAUGUAGCUUACGACGUUAAUCAAGAGCAAAACCUUGCCCUGGAAACAACAGUAUUGGUUAAAAAGUACACGCCCAUGCGGACCAUCAACACGCCUCUCGUAACUUUUAGUCUUGUCUGUGUGGAUUGUCCUAGUUGUUUUCUCGUAGUUCUAUUCACUUGUAUUGUACAGCUUCCUGACGGACGCGUGAUUAAAGUCGGCGGAGAACAAUUUGGGGCCCCGGAGGCUUUAUUUCAACCCAAUUUAAUUGAUAAAGAAAGCGUUGGUAUCUCUGAAAUGCUUUUCAAUACAAUUCAGGCGGCACCGAUCGAUACGAGAUCCGAUUUUUAUAAAUAUAUUGUUCUCAGUGGCGGCAGUACCAUGUAUCCUGGAUUGCCUAGUCGCCUUGAACGGGAGCUUAAACAGCUUUGCGUUCAAAAUGUUCUGAAGGGUGAUGCUACUGGUCUUUCUAAACUAAAAAUUCGGAUUGAGGAUCCACCGCAACGCAAACACAUGGUUUUCCUUGGUGGUUCAAUUUUGGCUCGUUUAAUGCAGGGAGGAUCGGCCAACUACUGGAUUACUAGAGCAGAAUGGAAGGAGCAAGGUGUUCGUGUGCUUGAUCGGAUGGAAAGUGUCUGA